GGAGGAGGAGGAGGAGAGGAGGAGGAAGGAAGGAUGGACAUGCAAUAUUGAGCGUGAAACAUUUCUAAGGGGUGUAUUUGUAUUUUUAUUUGUACAUAGCUUGUAAUUCUAUAAUCCAAUUCAGAUCUCAGAUGGAAUUUUAUUUUGCAAAGCAAUACACGCAGUGAGCUAUAAGCCAUCCAUAUGUCAGCCUAUGCAACGACGCUGGAUUUGCACUAUUCAAGCCCUGCAAGGUUUGUGCAUGUAAACACCCUGUAAGCGGCAGUUCCUCUGAAGGACGUGUUUUUUGCACCGGGCCUGUCAACAUUUAUGCAGAAAUGGUGCAGCUGUUGUUUCUUGUAAUUUCCAACGUGCUUCCUACACUUAUUGCAUCCAUGCAUAAUUCAGCAACUGGAGGGUGUGCCAUCAUUCGCCCUCCUAGAGAUGGAGGGAUUCGUUACAGAGGACUGACUCAGGAGCAGAUUCGCAGUGUGCAGAUUUUGCCUGUAGACUAUGAGAUUGAAUACAUUUGCCGGGGGAACAGGGUGAUUGUGGGCCCGAAGGUGCGGAAGUGUCUCCCUGAUGGCACAUGGACAGAUAUGGAUCAGCAGAGCAGAUGCUUGUUUCUGUGUCCCCACGUGUGGACGUCUUUGGAGAACGGCAGAGCGACACUGCACCCCCCUGGACCUCCAGUAGAAGGCACUGUGGUCCAUUACAGCUGUCACGCUGGCUUCCUGUUGGAGGGCAGAAAUAUUUCCCACUGCACCAAGCAGGGCAACUGGGACUCGCCAAAACCACUGUGUAUUUAUGACAGAAAUUAUACAGGGAAGAAGAAGCUGUACAUCGGCGCGCUGUUCCCCAUGAGCGGAGGAUGGCCUGGGGGACAGGCAUGUCUGCCCGCCGCGCAGAUGGCACUGGAGCUCGUCAACAACCGCACUGACAUCCUGCCCGACUACGAGCUCGAGCUCAUCUAUUACGACAGCAUGUGUGACCCUGGGGAAGCAACAAAGCUCCUGUAUGACCUCCUCUACACAGAGCCGAUAAAAAUCGUACUGAUGCCAGGAUGCAGCUCUGUUUCUACACUAGUGGCUGAAGCAGCUCGCAUGUGGAACCUUAUAGUGUUCUCCUAUGGCUCCAGCUCUCCAGCACUGUCCAACAGGCAACGUUUCCCGACAUUCUUCCGCACACAUCCCUCCGCGACGCUGCAUAACCCCACACGUGUGCGCCUCUUCCAGAAGUGGAAUUGGAACAAGAUCGCCACAAUCCAGCAAACAACAGAAGUCUUCACUUCGACAUUGGAUGAUCUGGAACAGAGGGUGAAGGAAGCUGGUAUUGAGAUAAGCGUGAGACAGAGUUUCCUCACUGAUCCCGCCGUGGCUGUCAAGAACUUGAAGCGUCAAGAUGCCAGGAUCAUUGUUGGCCUUUUCUAUGAGACUGAAGCAAGAAAAGUCUUUUGUGAGGUCUAUAAGGAGAAACUCUAUGGAAAGAAGUAUGUCUGGUUUCUCAUUGGCUGGUACGCAGACAACUGGUUUAAAAUCAAAGACCCAGCCAUUAACUGCACCAUGGAGCAGAUGACAGAAGCUGUGGAGGGACACGUCACUACAGAGAUCGUCAUGCUGAACCCCGAGACUGUUCGUGGUGCCUCCAACCUGACAUCCCAGGAGUUUCUGGCGCAGCUCAUGUCUCGUCUUGGUGGGAAGAACCCUGAGGAGACAGGGGGUUUUCAAGAGGCUCCCUUGGCAUAUGAUGCAGUGUGGGCUCUUGCUUUGGCUCUUAAUAAGACGGUUGCACCGCUACAAGCUAAAGGAAGAAGACUGGAGGACUUUAAUUACAACAACCAGGACAUCACAGCAGAGAUAUAUCGGGCGCUUAAUACCAGCUCAUUUGAAGGAGUAUCAGGCCAUGUAGUCUUCGAUGCUCAGGGAUCCAGAAUGGCUUGGACACUCAUAGAACAACUGCAAGGUGGGAGUUACAAGAAGAUUGGAUACUAUGACAGCUCAAAAGGCAAUCUUUCGUGGUACGGAAAUGACAAGUGGAUAGGCGGAGACCCUCCAAGAGAUCAGACGGUGGUGUUAGAAGAAUUUCGCUUCCUUUCCCAGAAGCUGUUUGUUUCUGUAUCUGUGUUUGCUGGCCUGGGAAUCAUCUUGGGCAUCGUUUGUCUCACAUUCAACAUCUACAACAGCAACAUUCGGUACAUCCAGAACUCUCAGCCAUACCUGAAUAACAUUACAGCUGUGGGUUGUGUACUUGCCCUGGCUGCUGUUUUUCCACUGGGCAUUGACGGGCUUCAUGUAGACAGAUCUCGGUUUCCCGUGGUGUGUCAGUUCCGCCUGUGGCUGCUGGGCCUGGGGUUCAGUUUGGCUUAUGGCAGCAUGUUCACUAAGAUUUGGUGGGUUCAUACUGUGUUCACUAAGAAGGAUGAGAAAAAAGAGAAGAGGAAGCAUUUGGAACCCUGGAAGCUCUACGCAACAGUAGGAGUUUUACUGGCCAUUGACGUCCUGUCUCUGAUGAUCUGGCAGAUUGUUGACCCUUUGCACAUUACCUUAGAGAAGUUCACUAAAGAAGAUCCUAAAGGAGAUCUGGAUUUUUUGAUUCAGCCUGUACUUGAGCACUGCAGCUCAGAGAAGAUGAACACAUGGCUUGGGGUUGUGUAUGGCUAUAAGGGCCUGCUCCUGCUGUUGGGCAUCUUCCUGGCCUAUGAGACCAAAUCCAUCUCCACUGAGAAGAUUAAUGACCACCGAGCUGUUGGCAUGGCUAUCUACAACGUAGCUGUUCUGUGUAUGAUCACAGCUCCUGUGACGAUGAUUCUCUCCUCUCAGCAGGAUGCCUCUUUUGCCUUUGCCUCUCUUGCUAUAGUGUUCUCAGUCUACAUCACUUUGGUGGUGCUCUUUGUGCCCAAGAUGCGGCGUUUAAUCAUGCGUGGGGAGUGGCAGUCUGAGCAGCAGGACACACUGAAGACAGGAUCGUCUACCAAUAACAAUGAUGAAGAAAAAUCAAGGCAGCUCGAGAGAGAGAAUCAAGAACUCCAGAAGAUCAUUCAGGAGAAAGAGGAACGUGUAACAGAACUGCGAAACCAAUUAGCAGAACGUCAGGCUCUCCGGGCUCGGAAACCAGUAUCUUGUCAGAACCAGAACCAGAACCACAGCGCCCCCCCUCUGGCUUUAUCUGAGCCUCCUGUCUACUCGCCUGGCACAGAGCAGCACUCUGUGCCUCCCUCCUUCUCCAACAAUUCCACCCUCUACCAGGGAGAAGGGAAGCUCAGCCGGAAUCACUGCCACAACAGCCGACUGCCUCUUCUCUACAAAUGAACUGGGCAGAACUGGAGAUAAACAGGCUGUGUGUUGAUGAGUCCAUGUGAGUUAACAAGAGUGUAGUUCAACAUCUUUGUUUUUAAUGACUCUAUCACUCCAGUCUUUUUUUUUUUUUUUUUUUUUUAAGCAAUGUCUGCCAAUAUAUGUUCAGGUCUAGUGCUAUGUCGUCUUAUAUGUCGCCACUGUAUCAAUAUUAAUAUCAAUAUUCUGCUCUAUCAGUGUAUAUUAUGGAGCUUGUCUUGUUUUACAAUUUACAACUUUGCUCUACCUACAUGUGUAAAGAAAGCACAAAUAUUAAGUAGCCUUUGGUAAAUAACUAAAAUGGGAAAUGUUAUAUACAACAAAUGUUAUAUGUAUAGAAAAUUGGAACAGUAAUAUAGAAAUCGGAACAAAUGCAUAUUGGUAUCAUUUUGAUCCUUGCAAUUUUAUUUUAAGAAAUGAAACAUGUGAUGCUCAAUACAAAAUGUCACUCUCUCCUUCUUCCAUUUAUUCCUCUUUAUUGGGGGAAUCCCUUGGGGGAAUAAGAGCAUUAUCCUUUAGGCAGGGGAGGCCCCAUGUUUGCAGAAGUGAAAUUGAUAUUUAAAGCUUUCCAGGUGAGUCAGUUUAUGUACAAACUAAAGCCAAGUCCAUUAUUCACUGCAAAAAAAAAAAAAAAAAAAAAUUGCGUGAGUUUGCGUGACUGUUCUUUUGCUUCCUGAAAUGUCUGAGUCUUCCAAGUGUUAUUCUCUACAGACAUUCUUUAUGGACUCUUCAUGCUGUAUUUGAUUUUUAGUGGUGAUAGGAGGGAAGUGAGCAGACAUUGUGUAUGUUUAGGGUCAUUUGGUUUGGGCGAGUGUUUCAGAAGGGGUCCAUCCCCAAAGCAGUUUUCUUUUACAGUCUUAUUCAAUAUUAACCUGCUUUUCAGACUUCGUGUAAAUUUGGAUUAGAUGAAAAAGUCAAACCUUCCUUUGUCCUUUACGUUGUACUUUUGUGUGUUUUCUGUAAACCUUUCGUAUGUUUUCUCAUUCUAGCAUAGGUAAGUUGGUCUGUGUUAUUUUUUUCCUUGGCGUUUUAUUUUUAUGGAGUUGUGGUCAAAUUUUACGACUUACAAAGGCACACCUGUAGUACAAAAUCAUGUGCUGCAGCAUUUUUAGCACAUAAUGAGAGCACAGCGCACAAGAAAUGGUGAAAUUGUUCCACUUAUUUAUUUUUUUCGUGAAGUUCAAUGUUGCCAUUAAAAAAAAUCCAGUUGCAAUCCAUUUUAGAUUUAGCACAAAUAAUAAGCCUUACCCAAACCCUUUACUCUGCACUUUUGGCAUAGAUACAGUAUGUCUGUGUCUGCAAGGUAGUGUUAUUCAGAGAGAAAAUAUAACUAAUUUGCUUAUUGUGAUGAGACUGAAUGAUAUUCAGAAACACAGUUAUAAAACUGGUACUCUCGUGCAAUAUUUCAGUACUCAGCCUUUGUGUCUUGAUGAUAGUACAAUACUGAGCUUUAUGUUUGCACAGUGCUACUGACCAUUUUUCAUGCUUCGGGUUGUUCAUGUGUUACGUUACUGUUGUAUUGUUGGAAGCUCAUUCAGAAAAUGUGUCAAGUUUCUUUGUAUAAUUGCUUCUCUAAACAUAUUUAAACACAGCACGACAUAGCAAAUGUUCCUACAGCAUGUAAACAUUAUAUUCACUAAUUUAGCUCAGGGUAUGUAAUUAUACUAUCACUUUAUAUAUAUAUAUAAUAAAUGUUUAUUUGAAUUUGAAUAAGAUGUGUGCACUAUAUUACAACUUAGACAUACUCAGAAUCAUUCCAUAUAUAAAUCAAUAAUCCAAGCCCUAUAUAAUUUUUGGUAAUUUAUUUGUAAUUAAUAUAUGUAUUGUAAAUACAAUAAUCUUUUGUCUAUAUGCAAACUUUAUAGUUCAAUAAAACCCAUUAUUUUGC